GUUGUGUCCGGAGAGGUCAGGUUGCUGCGGCCCGGUCAGUCGGGUGGGUUCUUGGGCGACGUCUUAAAUCGUGAUAGAGAGGGGUUUGGAGUGUGUGUUGGGCAGUCUUAAGUUGUACGGUGGCGUGUGGCGAGGUGUGCUCGUGCUCUGCCUGUCCUCCUAGCUGCAGUGUCCAGGCCGGAGGCGUCCCCCUUCAGUGUGACCGUGCCCACCAAACGUGCCGCUCCAUCUUCGACUCUGAGUUACUCAAUUUCUGGAAAUCUUACUGUCUUCGUAAAAUGAAGUUGGUCUGAGUUUAAGUUCUGAUGUGUUAGUACUGGAGCUAAAGCCGGCAUUUUCUCCUCGCAUGGCCCCUGGACAUGGACAUGGGCAUGGGCAGGAACAUGGUCACAGUCACGGUAAAAUGGAACUUCCAGAUUAUAGGCAAUGGAAGAUAGAAGGGACACCGUUAGAGAUCGUCCAGGAGAGGCUGGCUGCGCAAGGGCUGAGGGAUCCAUGGGCCCGCAAUGAAGCGUGGAGAUACAUGGGUGGCUUUGCGCACAAUGUUUCCUUUGUUGGUGCAAUACUGAAAGGAUUCAAGUGGGGAUUUGCUGCGUUCGUGGUGGCUUUGGGGGCUGAAUAUUACCUGGAGUCCCAGAGUAAAGACAAGAAGCAUCACUGAAGGUAGUGCCUCAAAGUCUCUUGGUGGCUUCCUGACUCAUGUGAAAAUAAGAUUUCUUCACUGUAGCCUACACAAUAUGCUUAUCCCCUAAAGAAUGCUGAUAAGAUUUAAUAAAGUAACUU